AUGCGCAGUUUAACCACCUUACCCGUCGAAUUGGUCUAUCGAAUUCUCGAUCAUCUAAGAGAUUUUGAUCUGUUUUGUUCAAUGCAGAAUGUCUCCGAUCGACUCAAUCAAAUCCUUUAUACCUAUCAUCCAUAUCGGACACUCACUACACUUGAUCUUAAUCGCAAGAAGAUUGGACACAAAGGAGCACAACACUUGGCUGAUGCUAUUCGAUUCAACGCAACACUCACUACACUGAAUCUUGAGGGCAAUGAUAUUGGACACCAAGGAGCACAACACUUGGCUAAUGCUCUUCGAAUCAAUACAACACUUACCACACUGGAUCUCUCUAACAAUUAUAUUAGAGACGAAGGAGCUCAACAUUUGGCUGAUGUACUUCGAAUCAACACAACACUUACUACACUAAAUCUCUCUUACAAUGGUAUUGGACACGAAGGAGCACUACACGUAGCUGAUGCUCUUCGAAUCAACACAACACUUACAACAUUGAAUCUCCGGGAUAAUGAUAUUGGAGACGAAGGAGCAUUACACGUGGCCGAGGCUCUUCGAAUCAACGAAACACUUACUACUCUGAAUCUCUCUUUUGGCAAUCGUAUUGGAGACGAAGGAACACAAGAUUUGUUUGGUGCUCUUCAGGACAAUACAACACUUACUACACUGGAUCUCUCUUACAAUGGCUUUAGACAUGACAGAGCUGAAAACUUGGUUGAUUUUUCGUUGGGGCAAUACGACAUGUCGGAUUAUCGAAGAAUAUGA